AUGGAAAGCACGGGGGGAGCGAGAGCGCCCACGACGGUGCAGGAGCUGGCCGGCGCCCUCGCCGCGCCCGUCGUGCCGGCCCGGUACGUCGUGCGCGGACAACACGACCACGACCAGCAGCCUGCGACGGCGGUAGUGGCGCCAAUCCCUGUCAUCGACCUCGGCCGCCUUUUCAAGCUGGACGACACCACCGCUUCUGCCGAGGAGGCAGCGAAGCUCCGGCUGGCGCUUGAGUCGUGGGGUCUCUUCCUGGUGACUAACCACGGCGUAGAUGCCGCCGUGAUGGAUGGCAUGAUGGCCGCUUCGAGGGAGUUCUUUCAGCGGCCACCGGAAGAGAAGCAGAGAUACACCAACCUGAUCGGCGGCGAGCGGUUCCAGCUCGAGGGGUACGGGACCGACCAGGUGAGCUCGCCGGACCAGAUCCUAGACUGGUCCGACCGCCUCUUCCUCAAGGUGGAGCCGGAGGACGAACGGAGCCUCGCCCUCUGGCCGGCGCACCCCGAAACCUUCAGGGAUCUUCUUGACGAGUUCACGAAUAAAUGUGGGGAAGUGAAGGAUGGUCUGCUCCGGGCAAUGUCAAAGCUGCUGGAGCUCCACGAUGACUACUUCGUGGACCAGCUUGGGGAGAGAGCUGACACUUAUGUUAGAUUCAGCUACUACCCAGAGUGCCCAAGGCCGGAGCUCGUGUUCGGCCUUAAGCCCCACUCUGAUGGGAGUGUUCUUACCGUGCUCAUGGUCGAUGACGUUGUUGGUGGCCUGCAACUCCUUAGAGACGGCGUUUGGUGGGAUGUACCGGUCGUGCCCCACACCCUACUGGUCAACGUAGGAGACCAAACUGAGAUAAUAAGCAAUGGGAUCUUCAAAAGCCCUGUGCAUAGGGUUGUCACAAAUGCUAAGAAAGAGAGGUUAUCAGUGGUUUUGUUCUACUCCGCUCGUUCUGAAAGAGAGAUCGAGCCAGCUACUCAGCUGGUAGACGAGAAGAGGCCGGUGUUGUACAGAAAGAUCAAGGUCAAGGACUACAUUGCUGGACUCUAUGAACAUGUCUCUCAAGGGACAAUGGUUAUCGACACGGUGAAAAUAUUCUAAGUGCGGUGUCAUGUGUUUCAUGCAAAUUCUUUUGCCAUUCUGGGACCAAUAUACUCAUCUGUUAUUUGCA